AUGAUACUAAACAAGCGUUUCGUGUGCUGGGAUGAUUUUGAUAGCGCCUUAAAAGGGUUCCAAAAAACUACUUAUACUCGUUACAUCCAAACGGAAAGCAGGUUGCUAAAAGAUGUCAGGUUCAAAUACCUGUUUGUAACGUUUUAUUAUACGUUUGGUCAUAAGGGGAAAUCAAAAGGUUUGAAAGUGAAGCAAAAAUCGUCUAAAUUCCGUGUAAGACUAGAGGAGCAAGGAUAUGUCAUCAAAUCCUACAACAUGCUCCACAAUCAUCCAUGUAGUAGUUUAUGGAUGGUAUGCGAUCCAUGGACAAGAAGAUUAUCAUCAGAAGAAAAAGAGAACUUGAAGCCAGUAAUACUGCACUGUGAAUCAGCAGAUGAAGUUAUUGAAAGUAUUAAGAAGGGAACUGGUGAGCAAGUAACCGCUGCCGAUGUCAAAGGUAUGAAAGCUACACUCUCCACUGGUUGUUGUACUCGGAAGCAGGUAAUGGGUAUGCUGAGACAAAAAGGCGAAGUGAGAGAACAUUUAGAAAAUGGAUAUGCCACGAGAAUAUGUUUCAGUAGUUAUGACCAAAUGCAGUUGUACAGGAAAUAUCCAGAAGUUCUGUGCAUUGAUUUUACUGAAUAUGCUUUUCGUUGUAUUCUACUACGUAGAUAUUCAUUAUUCCAGUUAGUGGUGACAGAUAAUUGUGGUCGAGGACAAACUGUUAUGUCUGCGUGGAAACGAAAAAAGGCGUGCCGAUGUGACAUGGAUUUAAUAUAG